GGGAGUCCCGCGAAUGAUUUUAUUCUCCUGCAACCAACACUUGAAUCACCCGAACCCGCAUUUACCCAUCAAAUCUUGUCCUGCCACACACGUUUGCGUCAAUUUGCGUCAAUAGUGCAGGUCUCUACUUUCAAUGUCUCUCCUAUCCAUCUUCACUGUCACACUUAUUAACACAUCAAUAAUACAGCUGUGCCCUCAUCAGUGCAACAGUGAAAUGGGAUCCUCUCAAACAGUGUCAUGCUGCUCUGCGUUCCGAACGUUGUCUAAGCGACAUACAUCAGUAUUGCGGUAUAAUAAAAAUUCAUAUCAUAGCAAAAAUAAACACAGGUAUUCGGUUUGAACCGGUAUACCGCCCAGCACUAUAACCUACAAACCAGAUUUGGCUCCUGCGUACUUCGCCCUCUUCCUGAAGAUGAAGAUGCAGUUCAAAGGUCGCCAUUUGACGCCAUUGUAGAGAUCCAGUGUGUACUGCAGAAGCUGCUUGACAAGUUUCAAAAAGGAGACUUCCAGAACACAUUCCAGAAGGUGAUAGUGUGUGAACAUUUCUCCAAAUAUGAUUGCUUGACCAACAUUCAGAACAUUUAAGACUGAAAUGCAUCUGAAAAUAUUCAUGAGCUGCACUAGAAAUUUCACCAUUAGAGAUAUAAAUUAACCAGGAGGUGAUUUGGACUACUUUCAAUGGAACACAGACUCACCUGAAAAAGAUGAACUGAAUACAAAGCAAUGUUACAGAUCAUGAAGUGUGGGGAUGAAACGUUAAUUUUUUUUUCUUGAUGAGUACAACACCUUCACAAUGAUUUCCAUAAAUUUGGAGCAAACUUUCCUUAUUGCUUCUUUUUCUUUCCUCAAUAUUGAACUGUAUGUUUAUGCUUGUGGACGAGCUGAAUAUGAAAUAAAUGGAGAAUGCUGUCCCAUGUGUCCACCUGGAAACCGGGUUUAUAGACAUUGCACAGAAUUCACCAGUACAACGUGCAUGCCAUGUGUUGGCUCAACUUACACUGAUGAACCCAAUGGUCUUUCAAGUUGUCUUAGCUGUACAGUGUGUGAUGUUGGACAGGGAUUAAAAGUAAAAACGGCCUGCACAUGGACUUCAGAUACAGUUUGUGAGCCACUGGAGGGGUUUUACUGUACUGAUUAUUACAGACUCAAAUGCACAUUUGCUCUGAAACACACCAAAUGCAACCCUGGAGAAUAUAUAAAGCAGGAAGGAUCAGCAGUUAAGGAUACUGAAUGUGCAGGGUGUGCAGAUGGAACCUUUUCUAAUGGCUCUCUUACCAGUUGUAAACAACAUACAAACUGUCAAGAUUUGGGACUUGAAGAAAUAACACCAGGAAACAAUUCUGUUGAUGCCCAGUGUGUUGUAAAAAAACCUACAGUAAAUAUAAUAGUUGGAUGCAUCAUUGCAACACUGGCUUUAGGAUUGCUUGUAGCUGCAGCAGUAAUUGUAAAAGAAAGAAAAAAAAAGGCCCAUGUGCAGAACUGUGAGGGUGAUGUUCUUUGACAUCUCCAGUGCUUUUGACAUCAGGCACUUCUGGGUGAGAAGCUGACAGCGAUGCAGGUUGAUGCCCCUUUGUGUCCUGGAAGACCAUAGUUUGUGUGCCUACAAGAUUGUGUCAGGAAAAGGGACCCUGUUUCAGUUACCGUCAUUUUUUACCAUUAGCAGGAAUGAAAUGCAUCAGAGAAGCGAUGAUUGCAAAAUCAGUUGAUCGUUUGUUUUGAUCAUACCAGGCCCUAGGAAAAAAUAUACACAGACCAGUUUAAUGGGACCAUUUGAGCAGUGGCUGAAGAUCAAAAGGGGCAUGCUGCAGUGUAUGGUGAGAAGUGCUGUGAGGUAGAAGUGACAGAAAAUGGAGGGUUUUGUUAAUUCAGCCGCAAUUACAAAACAAUUUGGGAAAACAUGUCAGAUGUAAAUAAAAACAGAAUACAAUGAUUUGCAAAUCUCAUAAACCUAUAUUCUACUCAUAAUAAAACAUAGAAACCAUACAAUUUUUAAACCCAAGGUAAUGGCUGUAACACGUCUAACAGGUUCUAACUGCUACACUAUUUUAACCUAAACUGAGACACUAUUAUAAUCUAUAGAACUAAACAUCCC